AUCGACGGCAGCGUAGCCACUAAGAACCGUGUGCAUGCCAUAGAGCAGCUUCGCAACGACCCCGAAAUUCGAGUGAUACUCCUAACCAUUUCCUGUGGCGCUUGCGGGCUCGAUCUCACGGCCGCUUCAAGAGUACAUCCGCUUGAACCCCAGUGGAAUCCAUCGCUGGAAGACCAGGAACUUGCUCGGGCACAUCGUCUAGGCCAAACACAUCCGGUGACGACGGUCAGGUACAUCAUGAGGGAUUCU